AUGGACACGAUGGAUAGUGCGGCGCUGCAGGAGGUGGUGGGGGCAUUUAAGGAGGAGGUGAAGCGAAAUCGGCUUCAGGAAAAGAGACUGCAGCGGGAAAACCGAACCUUGCUUCGUUGUUUAGUUCGAUUGCAGCAGCAGAAACAAGUGGGACGACAGCCUUGUAACACGCAAGACGUGCCGCCGUUGCUAGGUCAUGAUGGAGUGCUGCAUAUCAACGGAGAGGAAGAGGAAUGCUCGCAGGAGGGAGAUGACAUCAGCGGUAGCAGUCCCUCCUGGCCGUCGAGCACGACAUCCCUCAAAGAAGAUCGUCAUCCUCAUCAUCAUCAGCAACAAUCACAAUCACAAUCACCGUGUCAGCGAUGUGGUGCAGACCUCCCUGUGUCGACAUCAUCGCCGCGACAAGAAACGGCAUUGCACACACAACCCAAUGGAGGAGCCGAGGCGGGGUUUUUAGGUGAUCUUUCCCCAACUCUCCGCGAUGAUGGCAAUUUCUGUGAAUUGAGCAAAGAGGCACUUCAGGUACGAGUGAGGUCACUGGAAAAGCAGCUACUUCGUGAGCGGCUACGAAGAAAGGCACAGGCGGCUGAAUUUACCGCGGAGUUGGAGAUCCUGCGAUUUGCGUUAGAUGAGGCAGAGAAGCGCGCGGCAAGGCGUCAACCGUGGCCAAUGGACAAUGCGGCUGAGUUUGUUCCCGAUCCCCCACUGCUUUUACGUCCACACGACGGCACGAGUGAUUCCAAUUUGGAAUACCACGAGACUCCUAGCGUUGAACUCGCCACGCACAGUCGAACAUCCACCGCAGUUUCGAUGGAGAAUGCAGAACAGACAGCUGGAGCUGAGGGGUUGGAUGUGCCACGGAAUGUUGCUCUUUGUGACAUGGGUGGUUGCGUGGAGGAUGCUGCAGGAAAGCCCCGUAACGGGUUGUUACUUUCGGGGGUGUCGGCAUGUCGGUUGAGCAGGACGGACUCAAAGAACACAUCUGUCGAUAUGUACCGGGAUUGUAUGACUUCACCGAAUGACGACAGGGCGAUGGCAGCCAUGUCGAAGCAGGAGCCUCUUCGGGAUUUCUCAACGGAGUCAGACCGUCCAGACACACAGGCAUCGGAAGAAUUUUUGAGCCGUGCCGUUUUACGAAUGGAAGGACGGCGACAGCGGCUGCGUAAUGCGGUGAUGCUACGCACCGUGUUGGAGGAAAAUGACGAUGGGAAUGGCAAAAAACGUGAUCCCGCUCUGGACCCGCCCAAAGGGCAGAUGGAUGCCCAUACAACGGCGGAACCUUCACCGAAUAGAGUGACAAUGCCGGCUUCUUCUUCACUUCGAAAGAUCUUAUCGAUGCGGGAGUUGCGACAUUUGUCGCACCGACGUCCCACACAUUUGUCUGCGUCUUCCUUCGACGAUGCGGGUGCAGGUGUCAGCAAGCUCAAUUCCUCGACACCGGCCGCCGCUAAUACUAUUUCAAAUGUGAAUCCGAAUCAGUUGGGUGUUGGAGUGGAUCCAAAAGGUCCUCACAAUCGCACGUGGUAUGCGCAUCAAGUUCUCCGUGUGGCAUUUGCGAAAGUUAUUUUAGGCUCUUAUCCUCCUUAUUCUUCUUCUUCUGCUGCUGCUGUUACUGCUGCACCAGUAACAUCCACGAGGAAUUCUUUUGGAAGGAUCUCGGAUGGGUGUGAGGUGGACACGCUUCAAGAACGACAAGAGCAUGAACCGCAGGGUUCACUCAGUGAGGCUCACUAUUUGUCCUCGGAUACAUCAAGUUAUUCUGUCACGGAAGAGGACAGGGGGUUUAACAUGGAGGAAAGGUCAUUUCCGAAGGCAGAUGAUACCCUGCAAUCCCAGCAGUCACCACUGACGUCCAAAGGGUUGUAUCGCAACAUUUCCUCCGCUGCAGUUCGUCGUGCUAUUGAUGAGAUGACCUCCUUGCGCUUCCGUUGCUGUCAAAAUCAACCGCUGCUGGAGACGGUGGCUACACCCUUUCCAUCUGUUCUUCCUUUAUUCCAUGAGGAGAACACGGAUAGCAACCUUGUCUCAACCUUUGCUAUGGAUCCAUCGUCUCCAAGCAAAUACCGUGAGGAUGAGAUCCGCAUCACGUUACAUUCCCCUGUUCUUUUCAGUCAAAUUCGUAGUUUUCUCGGAAUGGAAAUGAAUGAGUUUCGAGAAGCGUUGGGGGAAAACGCGAUGUGGCGGCAGUCGAUCUCCCCCGGGAAGAGUGGAACCUCAUUUAUCUUUUUUGGCAAUUUUGUACUGAAAAGUCUCAAAGAGAGCGAGUUUAAAUUUCUCAAGAAUCGAUUUCUUCGUAGUUACGUUUCUUUCUGUGAGCUAAAUCCGGAUACGAUGCUGCCUCGCUUUUACGCCCUGUUAUCCUUCUCAUGGUUGCGGCUUCGCUCGUGCAAGAGGUAUGUACUCAUGCAGAAUGUUUUCUUUACCCGAUACUACAUUCAUCGUAUUUAUGAUGUGAAGGGUAGUACUGUGGGUCGUUCCACGAAAACCGAAACGGCACCUCGCACCUCUUAUGGGGCGCUGCUUCUGAAAGAUAAUGAUCUUCCCGCGCAACUCAUCAUUUGUGGUCCGCUGCAACGCGCCCAUGUUCUUGCACAAUUCCGCUCUGACGUUAAUUUUUUGCACUCACUGAAUAUAGUGGAUUAUAGUUGUUUGAUUGGUGUGCGUAGCCGUGUCUUUUCACGUAAAGAGGGUCCUUCCAAAACGAUUGUGCUAAAGGAGCGUCGUGGAUCCUCCUGGCAGCAGACUGUCACCUCCGAGGCAAUUGGCGUUGGGGCCGAGCGGUUACACAAAAUGGAUAACAGUUGUAUUCAUGGUUGUGACGGAGGUUUGCUGUCCCUCCCUAUCUAUUCCGCUGGCGAUGACACAACAGCGCGAGAGGAUGUGUACUACCUUGGCAUCAUUGAUGUUCUGCAGGAAUACACACCAGCUAAACGAUUUGAGAACUUUGCCAAGGGAUUGUGGAAUGACAGGCGGCAUAUCAGCGUUGUGCCGCCAAAAGAGUUUGCAGAACGUCUUUACAAAGUCCUGGAGAAUAUUACAGUGUAG